AUGUCGGUCACAGUCGAUUCUGUUCGAGUUUAUAUCAAUCAAUUUAUCCAAAAUUUCGAUUAUGUCGAUGCGAUCUUUCUUGCUGAACGUCUCUAUGCCGAAGUCAAAAAUGAUGAAUCAACUUAUUUAUUAGCUCGAACUUAUUAUCUCAGCGGUGAUAUUAACAAAUCUUAUUGGUUAUUGCGACAUUCAUCGAUUGAACAUGUACCCACUGCUAAACUUCUUUUAGCAAAAUGUUGUUUUGAUAUAGACAAAUUGCAUGAAGCAGAAUCAGUGCUACUGGGAAAUUGUUCGUCAAUUAGUACAGUUGUACUUGAUGAUUUUACCACUGAUCAUGGAGAUCAAGCAGCAUUUGCAUUACAAUUACUAGCUAAAAUUUGCGAAAAAUCAGAUCGUCAUCAAAAGGCGAGUGAAUGCUAUCGGAAAUCAUUGAAAAUCAAUCCAUUUCUCUGGUCGUCCUUCGAAGCUCUCUGUCGAUUAGGCGAACGUGUUGAUACAAGUAUAUUCUGCUCAUCUACGAUCAAAUCCGCUCGAUCUAUAUCAGAAUCACCCAUAUGUAUCACUCCCUAUGCAGAGUCUAUAAAAGAUAUCCAAAGUGAAAAUCAAACUAUAGAAAAUUCGAUAAAUACAAGUACUAGUCUUCCUAUCAAAGAACGACCUCAACAACGUCUAUUCCCAGCACCGGCAUAUGUUAUGAAAUUAACAGAUUCGAUUUUAAAUGUUGAUUCAGCGAACAUUUCAGCAAGUAUUACAUCAACGCCUAUUGGCUUACUUUCUGAACAACUGCAAGAUGGUGAUAAAUACACUCCACCCACUAUCAAGCCACCUGAUAAUAUUCCCACAUUACGUAAUCCACCCUUAGCACCCAAACGACAAAAUACGCGAAUGCUGCAACAGUAUGGAUUUGAUGAUACGAGUACACCUAUCUCAACAGCUACGCUUAUACAUAAGCAUGAUAUGGCAUCGACUUCCAUUAGUGAGGCGAAGAAAACAGCGAGUACACGAAAGGAGAACAAAUCCAUUCGUGCUCCAACGAAACGUACGACACGCAUCACAAAGCCGCGUCCACCCUGUGCUGAUAUGAGUAUCACUCCUAUAUCAUCGUCCGAGUCUCCAAAUAAAAUGACAACACGAUCGCAAGUUCGGUCAAGUAAUACCAGUUUGAAUUCCUCGAUGGAAACAGAUAUUAGUAAUAAACGUGAGCGACAAAAGAAAUCACAAUCAACUCCACGCAUAUCUGAAAUUAUCGAAAAUAUAAUCAACGUGUUUAAACUCCUUGGCCAAGGCCUUCAAUACUUAUCCCAAUUUGAAUGUCGACAGGCAAUUGAAUUAUUCGAGUCGAUAUCUCUAAAGCAUCUUAAUACACCCUGGGCUCUAUUACGAUUAGCCAAUUGCUAUUAUCAUUUACAUGAUUAUCAGAAAUCUUCUUUGAUCUAUCGAGAAUUGCGUACAAAGUAUCCAUAUCACAUCGAUGGACUAGAAUAUUAUAGUACUGUCCUAUGGCAUUUGAAAGACGAUAUUGCUCUAGCAACGUUAGCACACGAAUUAACUGAAACUGAUCGAAAGCAUCCAGCUAGUUGGUGUGCGUCGGGCAAUUGUCUAAGUUUGAAUCAUGAAUAUGAUAAAGCAAUUCAAGCAUUUAAACGUGCCAUUCAACUAGCACCUGAAUCUGAUUAUGCAUACACACUGUUAGGCAAUGAAUAUUCUCUCAUUGAUGAACUUGAGCGAGCAAUGGCAUGCUUUCGCAAAGCUAUACAAUUGAAUCCACGCAGUUACAAAGCUUGGAAUGGUGUAGCGAUGAUUUAUUUGAAACAAGAAAAAUUUCAAUCAGCUGCAUUUCAUUUCACGAAAGCUACGAGUAUAUAUCGUACCAAUCCAGAUCUAAUUUGUCAUUUAGCAGUGGCACAACAUAAAUGUAAUCAAUCCGCUGAUGCACUAGCAUUAUUGAAUGAUGCAUUGAAAAUUGAUUCGAAAAAUGCGCUGUGUAAAUUUCACAAAGCUGGCCUUCUAUUACACCUCGAGCGGUAUCACGAAGCAUUGAGUGAACUUGAAGAAUUGCGGCAAAUUGCGCCGAAAGAGUCACUUGUUUACUAUUUACUUAGUAAAGUUCAUCGACAUUUGAAGAACUUCCAUUACUCAUAUAUGUACAUGUCAUGGAGUAUGGAUCUUGACCCUAAAGGUGCUAACAAUCAGUUGAAAGAAAAUGCCGAUAAACUCUAUUCGAAAGAUGAAGAUCUUCUGCUAGGCAUGGAAGACAUCGCUUCGUCAGUAACUGAAGAUGAUAAUAGUCAAAUGCAAUCUCAAAGUUCACUUCAAGAUAUUCAACCGAUGGAUUCAAGUGAAGAGAUCCUUUAA